ACUCCACCCCUAAAAACGUCUGCCCCCUUCUCCUCCCCUCUCCCGUUCUGCUUCUGCCCGACCCAGCCCCCCACCCCUCCACCUCCCUCCACUCCGACCGACGAGCUCCGACCGACAAGCCCCAGCCGCCGACGACCCUCUCUCUCCGCUCGAGGCAACCGAAGGGUCAACAAUGGAGAUAGUGAAUUUAGAUGAUGUCGAAGUAGAUGAUAUCGAGACUCCAGAUAACAUUGUGGAAGGGUUAAAAACACAGACAAUUGGGAUGUAUUUUGAGACAAUUGAAGAAGCACAGAAUUACUAUGAACGUUAUGGUCGAGAAAAUGGGUUUUGGAUUCGUACUCAGGCUUCAAGCAAAGGACGAAACUAGUCAAAUGAAGUCACUAAGGUGCUAUUUGUUUGCGCAAAAGAAAGAAAGUAUGUUGCAAAAAAUCAGAAGGAGGGUGUCGUGGAGGGGAAUGAUGAGACAGGUGAAGAGGAGAAAGUGAUACCAAAGAAAAGAGUUAGGCGUUCAACCGUUAAAUGUGAAUGCAAGGCUCAUUUGCGGAUUAUGCAUGACAAAUGGAAUUGCAAAUGGAAAGUAACAGGUUUCGGUGAAAAUCACAACCACCAACUAGUGACUCCAUGUAAGAGGAUCAAAAUGAUGUCAAAUCGAAACAUGCCCAAAGCAGUUAAGGAUUUGACUGAAGCACUUCAUAAAGAAAAUAUAGAAAUUUCGAAAGUUCCUUCAAUUUUUGGUGGUGAGUACAUUGGCUUUGAUAAUAGGGACUGCUUCAAUCACUUGAGGAAUGUGAGGCAUAGAGACCUAGAUUGCGGGGAUGCACAAUCAGUUCUUAACUACUUUAAGACCAAACAAGCACAUAAUCCACAAUUUUUUUAUGCGAUUCAAUGUGAUGAGAGUGGAAGGGCAAUUAAUUUUUUUUGGGUGGAUUCUCUAUCUUGCAUGGCGUACCAGUAUUUUGGAGAUGUGGUCACAUUUGACACAACAUAUCGAAUAAAUAAGUAUGAUAUGCCUUUCGCACCAUUUACGGGAGUAAACCAUCACAUGCAGUCGAUACAAUAUGGAUGUGCACUUUUACAAGACGAGACAGAGGUGACGUUUGUAUGGUUGUUUCAAACAUGGCUUGACGCUAUGGGAGGACGUCCUCCAACUUCUAUCAUCACUAAUCAAGACUUGGGAAUGAAAGAAGCUAUUGCCAAAGUUUUUCCCAACACUCGUCAUCAUCUAUGUCUUUGGCAUAUUAAGAAGAAAUUUAUUGAAGAGUUGCCACAAGUGUACUACAAGAGAUCGAAAUUCAAGAAGGAUAUGAAAAAAUGUAUUAAGGGGACAUUCAAGAAAGAUGAUUUUGAAGAGAGAUGGAUGUUAUUGAUGAAGGAAACUGGGUUAGAAAGCAACAAAUGGCUUCAAGGGUUGUUUGAUAUUCGUGAAUCAUGGGUACCCGUUUAUAAUUGUGGUACAUUUUUCGCUGGUAUGAAUACUACUGAACAUAAUGAGGGCAUCAACUCAUUUUUUGAUGGUUUUGUAGCUCACACGUCAAAUCUCAAAGAAGUUGUGGUGAAGUAUGAGAAAGCCUUGAAGAUGAUUGUGAAAAGGGAAAAUAAUGAAGAUUUUGAGUCCGAACAUAAGUUUCGGAUUGUUAAUGACCAUGAAUUUUUAUUGAAGCAUGCGGCAAAAGUAUAUACUAGAAAUGUCUUCAACAAGUUCAAGGAUGAAUGGAGUAAAGUCUUUUACUACAAAGUUGAAAAUGUGAGAAGUGCCAAUGGUUUUCAAUCUUUCGUAGUGAAGUCAAAAGAUGAUGAACUUGAAAAGUUCGAGGUGACAUUGGAUUCGCAAACCUAUGAGGGUAAGUGCGAAUGCCAACAAUUUGAGUUUGUUGGGAUAUUAUGUGCGCACAUUUUGAAAGUAUUUGUCCGACUAGACAUUGAUGAAAUACCGAAACAUUUUAUUCUUCCACGAUGGAGGCAAAAGGCCAACAAAUUUAGGAUAAUUGAUUCCCUAGGAUUGGUGCAUGACGACGGCAAAGAAGAAUCCAAGGCAUUAAGACUUGGCCAUAUGUGUCAUAAAGCUACAAAAUUGGCUUGUUUGGCCGCCCCAUCAAAUGAGGCAUAUACAAUUUUUAUUGAAGGUAUUAAUGUUUUAUUUGAGAAGAUCCAAAAAGUUUCUAUGGUGUCUCCAAUUGAAGGAUGUCAAGGGAAAAGCCGCUACUACAUAGUCCGAAAGAUUGAAAAGCGGUAUUGAGAUGUCAUUAAAUAAGAAGAAAAGAAAGUGUCACAUGUGCUUUCAAUUUAGACAUGAUAAGAGAAAUUGUCCUUCAAAUCCAAUGAGUAAACUAGCAAAGACUUGGAAGAGGAAGCGAAAGGCUUAGAUAGUGACCAAGAGGAAUGCUCAGAUUGCUCCGAAUGAUCUUGAAGUAUUUUGGCAUGUUGGCUUUGUUUCGUAAUGUAAUAUAGUUUUUGUGCUUUCAGUUUGUAAUUGAAUGUAAUGGAAUGGACCAGAGUUUUUUUUUAUGGAUCAGUUUUUGGGAUGGAAUUUAAUGUAAGAAAUAUUGAAUC